UCAAUGAGGGCGGGCGGCGGAGAGUCGGAGCUGGAGGAGUCCUUGGAGCGGUAUCACCGAAACCUGCGUGACCAUGCCAGUAAAAGCAUUGAUCAACUGAAGUAUGCCUUGGGUGAAAAAGAUCUUGCAAUGGGAGAAGGUGCAGCUACAUUUGACCAGUUAUUUCCCGAUAUAGACCCUGCUGACAAUGAGGAUAGAGCUUGGCAGGAACUGCAACACAAUCAUGGAGUUAAUCAACUAAAAGCUUUAUUACGACAAGAAGAAGAAAAAGACAAUGAAACAUCCCCUUCAAGGAGGAGGACAACAUCACCUUCAAGGAUCUCUAAAGGUACAGAUCAGAGUUUGCCCACAGUUUGUGAUCUUGUUCCCAUCAUAAAUGAUCAAUCACAAUACAUUAACCAUCUAGAAGCUGAAGUCAAAUUUUGCAAGGAGGAAAUGUCAGGACUGAAAGAUCGUAUACAUGUGGUUGUGCUUGAAAAUGAGAAGCUCCAUCGUGAACUGAAAAUGGUAUCAGUAGAGAACUCUCUUAGAGAACAAACUGUGUUGGAUGCCUCAGCAGCUCCUCAAAAUUCCUACGCAUUACAUGGUGAUGGUGAAGCCACCAGAGUAUUUUCUGGCACCAAUGAGCGGGGUGCAGCAGCUGCAGCAGAAAUGGAUAAAUGGCACCUAGAGAUGGAAAAACUUAAAUGUCUCUAUCAAGAAAAAACAGAUGUCCUGGAGGCUCAAGUCCAGUCCUUAAGAGAGAGGGAUGAAUUAAUGGCAGCACUGGCAUCACUAAGAAGAAACCUAAAUGAAAUGCAGCAAAGGGAAUAUAGUGCUUAUGAACAAGUGAAGCAAGCUGUACACAUGACUGAAGAAGCCAAUUUGGAAAAAACUAAGGCUUUGGUCCAAUGUGACCAACUUAAAAAUGAGAUGGAGAGACAGAGAGAUCGCCUUGAGAGGGCAUUAGCAGUCCAGCUGGAAAAGAGAGCUGGCGAGCGAGAAGCAGUACGUGAAGAAAUGAAGAAAGAGAACGAGAACUUGUCAUCCAUGGUGAUGUCUUUAUCUCAGAAUGUAGCUACACUGGAGGCUCAGGUUGACAAGAUUACAAGAGAAAAGAUCUCUUUAUCUAAUCAGCUGCUUGAAGCUCAAAAUCAGAAUGCUUCCCGUGAUAUCGAAAUUAAUAAGGUGUGUGGGGAAAUACGUUAUGAACUGAAUAAGACCAAAAUGAAGAAGGAUGAGGCAGAAAAGGAGCACAGAGAGUAUAGGAUGAAAACUAUAAGGGAGCUCGAAAUUAAAGAUCAGGAAAUAGAGAGAGCACAACUGGAACUCAAUGAACAUAAACAGCAUUUAGAACAAGUGCUGCAGGAUGCAGCAAGAGCAAAAGACGAAUACCUGAAACUAACAGAACUGCUGGGCAAAGCUGAACACCAGCUGCACCUUACCAGGUUGGAAAAAGAGAACAUUCAGCACAGCUUUAGCAAUGAGGCAAAGACCCGAGCCCUUCAGGCCCAGCAGAGAGAGCAGGAGCUGACACAGAAGAUGCAGCAAAUGGAGGCCCAGCAUGAUAAAACUGUAAAUGAACUGGAUUCAUUGCUGAGCUCCCAGAACACAUUCAUAUCAAAAUUAAAAGAAGAAUGUUGUACACUGGCAAAGAACCUUGAGUAUAUCACAGAAAAAAACAGGUCUGAAAUCAGCAAGCUUAGUCAGGAAAAUGAAUAUGUCCAUGACAGAAUUGAGAAGAUGCAAAGAAGGAAUGAUGAAUUGGAGGAGCAGUGUAUCCAACAUGGAAGGGUGCAUGAUAAAAUGAAGCUAAGGCUGCACCAGCUUGACAAGCACUGCCAGUCCACUGCCCUGCAACUAGUGGAGUUACUGAACAAACAGAAUCAGCUCUACAAGGAGAAGCAGAUUCUUGCAGAAGAGGUAGAUCUCCUGCGAACUCAGUUACCUCAGGUCCCAAAGCCUUAA